GAAUAAGUAGUGCGAAAGUGUGGUGUUGUGUAGAGUUGCAGGUGGACAGCGUGGCGGGAAGGGUGCGGCGGUGACGCCACCGGCGCGCCCCCAGGGCGAGGCCGCGCCGCCCUUAUAGCAUACUUGACGCACUAUGACUUCUGCAGGCAAACCAAUACCUUCAUCCGCCUCCGCGUGUCUCAACAUGCGGUGGUGGCGCGCGCGGCUCGUGCCGCUCGCGGCGCUGGUCGCGCUGUCCGCGCUGCUGCUGCUGCUGCUACCGCUGCACCCGGACCCGGACCCGCCCCCGUCGGCCCUGCCCCGCGUCACGCUCGUAUCAGUUAUGGCGCCGCUUGCAAUCGAAGCGCACGACCCGUCGAGUCCCGUGAACGAAGCGCGACCGACCCUGCCCCCUGAGUGGACAAGUGACAAGGACGACGAAGUGCUCCCCGCGGGCGCGGUGCGCACGCGCGACUGCUACGUGCCGGGGCACGCGCGCGCGCACGCCGAGCUGUGCCCGGCGCACGGCGCGGGCACGCGGCUCGUCGUGCUCGUGCCGUCCGCGCCAGUGCACUUCCGCCAGCGUGAGGCCGUGCGCCUCACGUGGGGGCACGCGGCACGUCGCGCAGACAUCACGCUAGCUUUCAUGCUGGGCGCGCCGCCGGCCGCUCUGCGCGCCGCCGUCGACGCCGAGGACAAGCUCUACGGCGACGUCAUCGAGGGCCACUAUGUGGACAGCUACGGGAAUCUCACUCUCAAAACCCUGUCGAUGCUGGAGUGGUUCGUCACGUACUGCACGCUGGCGGCGCGGCUGCUGAAGGCCGACGACGACACGUUCAUCAACGUGGACGGAGUGCUGCGGUUCGCGGAGGCGCCGGCGCGCAGUCGCGCCGCGCGCACCGUGUGGGGCAAGGUGUGGCGCGUCGGGCGGCCGGCGCGCAACGCCAGCUCCAAGUUCUUCGUGCCCGCGGAGGAGUUCCCGUUGGCGACGUACCCGCCGUACGCCAACGGGCCGGCGUACCUGGUGUCGGGCGACGCGGCGGGCGCGCUGCUCCGCGCGGCGCUGGGCGCACGCUGGCUGCGCAUGGAGGACGUGCUGGUCACGGGCGUGGCGGCGGCGCGCGCGCGGGUGCUGCGCGCCGACGCGCCGGCGUUCCUGCGGUGGCGCAAGGACGUGGAGCAUGCGUGCGCGCUGCGCGAGGCGCUGGCUGUGCACCAGGUGUCCUACGCCGACCAGUUCGACCUCUGGCGCAAGCUGCACGACCCCUACGUCAAGUGCCCCCCUUAGCUAUUGGUUAAAAUAUUCAAAUGAUUUUUACGCCUAAAAACCUUAAUCUGUUAAACAAUAGUUAUUUACGAUACAAGUGCGGAAAAGAGGAAAUUCGAAACGAGUGGCGAUAAAUUAAAACACGACCGCAGGGAGUGUUUUAAAUCGACACGAGUUGCGAAUUAUCUUUUCGCACGUGUAUCGUACAACGUUUUACAGUACAUAUGGCCCUUUAAACUUUCGACAUAUGCACGAAAAGUGCUCAUUCCCGCACUAGUGCGAAAAAGUAGCACCAUAUGUACUGUAAAAGCCAUUGUUUCCUUUAUGCUAGCGUAUCUGAGCGUGUGCCAAAGCAAAAAUGCCAUAUAAAAAAGCGGCUGUAUCGUGGUGGUUCUAAGGUUCAAAUCAGGGACCGUUACCGCUUACCGGUAUAACUAAAAAUCAAAAUAUCACAUACCUUUCACAGUAUUCCUUUGAUAUUAUAGAAUAGUAUUUAGGUAAGCAUGAUGAUUGACCACAUUAGCUAAAUUAAGUGCAUAAAUAUACAUAAACAACCGUGAUACCGAAAUCGAAUACCGGUUUAAAUAAACCAAAUGUAUGAAAAAUAUACCGGUAUUAUUAUUACAUAUAUUUGAACCUUAAAACCACCACGAUACAUCCGCUAUUUAAACGACAUUGUAGCUUUGACACGCGCUCAGACACGGUAGCCGGUAGCCCACCUCUCACACAAAAGAUAUUUGUUUUUUAUUAGGCCAGGAAAUAAAUGCCCAAAAAAAGGUAUAGAGGGAAAUGCUCGGAACACAAUUAAUGACUUCAUAGCUUUAUUUGGACUAGUUAGUAGGUGAACAUAUCAAAAGCCCCCGGCCAUAACACUGGUGCUAGGGGGGAGAGGGGGGUUUGAAGGUUCCAUUUUUGGGUUUUUCGAUUAUAUCUCGGAAACCAUGCGUCUGAGCGACUUGGCCACUUAUACAAAAUGAAAAGAGAUUUAAUUUGUUACAAGUUUUAUUCAGUCAAGUUUUUCGAUAUCUUGUAUAGUAUACUGAUUUAAACUAACACGAUGUGUGUAGGCAAAGUGACAACCGUAGCGUACAAGUUAAUAAUCAAGAUCAAGUGCGGGUAGUUCGCAAAACCCGCGCGGCAAGAAGAUGUUGAUACAAUUCCUCGCCAGUCUACCUGUACCACGAACGUAACGUCACGUUCGAAACGUCAGGCUAUAAAUAAACGUAAGUUUGUACGCGAUUAAGUCCCAUAUUAGUUUUAAAUUAUCUUGUAUAGUUUUUGAGAUAUCCGCUCUUGAAGGUUUAUUUAGGGCUCUCAUUUUUAUCCUGAUUAUCUACAUCAGUGAAGCUGCUAGGCUGGGUUUGGGAUCGUUUUCGUAUAAAUCGGGGGUGCUGAAUUUAUUUAUGGUAUCAACAAUGACACCAUUCCUAAGUAAAAACAAAAUUUAAAAAAAUGAUUUUUUAUGAAACUCCUCUUUACGCUUAAACCGCCGAACCGAUUUCGUUGAAAUUUGGUAUAGAGAUGGUUUGAGUCCCGGGACAGUACGUAGGAUAGUUUUUAUAACCAAAAUCAUCUUUUAAGGGUGUGAAAAGUGGGGUGGAAAUUUGUAUGGGGAAUCAAUAAGCGCUGAACCUAUUUAAAUAAUAUUUGGGAUGGUCUACAUGUUUGACUUAGUUGAUAAUGAUACCAAACAUGACUUCAAACCUAAGUUUAAACAGUAUUAACCUCAGGAAUUCAACUUCGGCGAAGAAGCUGAAUUCCCCUCACACCAAAUUUCACACCUUCAAAGUAUGAUUUUAUCCUGUCUCGGGACUUAAAACACCUAUUUACCAAAUUUCAACUAAAUCGGUCCAGCGGUUUAAGCGUGAAGAGGAGUUUAAAAAAGUUAUUUGUUUAAAGUUUAUAUGUUUUUACUUCGGAAAGGUGUCAAUGUUGAUACCAUAAAUGAAUUUAGCACCACCGAUUUAUACGAAAACGUUACCAAACCGGGCCUAGCAGCUUUACUCAUGUAGAUAGUCAAGAUAAAAAUGAGAGCCUUAAAUAAACCUUCAAGAGCGGAUAUCUCAAAAACUAUACAAGAUAUCGAAAAACUUGACUGAAUAAAACUUGUAACAAAUUAAAUCUCUUUUCAUUUUGUAUAAGUGGCCAAGUCGCUCAGACGCAUAGUUUCCGUGAUAUAAUCGAAAAACCGAAAAAUGGAACCUUCAAACCCCCCUCUCCCCCC